GGCCUGUGGGUGGCAGUGUGCACCUUAAUGCAAAAUUACAGUCCACUAUCUGCAGUCAAGAGGCACACAAAUAUAGUAUUUUCUUGCUUUAAUUAAACAUCAGUAACAUGCAAACUUGAAUGGCAAAUGAGAAAGAAAAUGUAAAAAAAUAAGUUUUCCUCCAUGAAGCCUGCUGUAUAAUUUAUCCCAAUGUACUCUGUGUGACUUUGUGAUUACAUUAAGCAAAGCAAAGACGACUUGUCCUCUAUUAGUGGUCCCGCAUUACAGUGUCCAUGUCCAGCUGUCCAGGGACUACUUAACGGCACUGAACACAGACAGACAGAGCAACUUUUGUCUGAUAAAUCUUAACAAGCAGCCAGCCAAAUUGGAGUCACAAGUAUGCACAGUCUGUGGAGAGUUUCGGGCUGCAGGCUUGUAGGGGCUGCGACUUUUCUACCUCAGCUGGGACAUAAUUCAAGUCAAAUUAUGAUCUGAGCAGCAGGGUCUGGGGAAGUAUAAGAGUAUUCUAGCACAAUAUGGAGAGCUGGCACUGUUUGCUGCUGCUGUGCACACUAAGUUUAGUUUUGGCCUCUGGAGAGGCAACGAAAAAUGAUGAUGACAUCGACCUUGUCAGCUUUCUGAGAAGAAUCUACCCCGGGCUGCUGUUGAGAGAUGAGCCGUUCAUCAUCAACCAAGACUUUGAGAUAAACUCCCUCAAGGAGCCGGGACGCCCAGAGGUCCUCUCGAUCACAGAGGAAACCAAGGACAAAUCAGUCAAUCAGGAUAAUAAUGGGGCUCCUGGACCUGUGGUGUUAACCAAAGAUGGCCAGAUCAAGGGGAUUACAGUGGAUAAGGCUUAUAUAUUCUAUGGGAUACCAUUUGCAGACCCCCCUGUUGGAGCCUACCGCUGGAAGGCCCCCAGACCUGUGAGUCCUUGGCCGGGAGUUUAUGAUGCCACCUUCCCCAGGGCGGCAUGCAUGCAGGCCUGCAGAGGACCCAUCAUUGCAGAGUGUCCUCAAAAAGUCAGCGAAGACUGUCUCUACCUCAACAUCUUCGUCCCUCUGGAUGUGAACUUUAGCUCCCCUCUGCGGAGUCUGCUGCCUGUCAUGGUGUGGAUCCAUGGUGGGGAUUUCAUUGCAGGCUCCGCCUCCAAGCCGCUGUAUGAUGGACGUUUCCUCAGUAACUUCACCCACACUGUUGUUGUAAGCGUGGAGUACCGACUGGGUGCAUUUGGGUUCCUCGUGUCGGGCAAAGACCCUCACACUUCAGCUGCAGGGAAUUAUGGGGUCUUGGACCAGCAGGCAGCUCUACUUUGGAUCCAACAGAACAUUGCAAUGUUUGGAGGUGACCCCAGCAAGGUAACAAUAUUUGGAGAGAGUGCUGGCGCUCAGUCGGUGAGUCUUCACCUGAUGAUCCAGAGCAGCAAGCCUCUGUUUAAACAAGCCGUCCUGCAGAGUCUGCCCUUCUCCAUCCCUCUGAAGACCAGACACGACGCCCUGAGGCUGGGGAAGAACUUCGCUAAACAGACCAACUGCUCUGUCAGUGACAUCGUCUGCCUGCUGUCUCUCACUCCGCAGGCCGUCCUGGCUGCCCAGAUGAAAACAAGUUCCAAGAUUGUGAACCCGUUCAGGUUCCUGGAGGUUUUUGAGACGUGGGGUCCAUAUAUCGAUGGGGAGUUAAUAAAAGAGCAGGCUGUCACUGCCUUCCAGAAGGGCCACUGGCAGAAAGAAAAGCCAGUGCUGCUGGGUACGACCUCAGAAGAGGGUGUGAUCUUUGUGUAUGGCGUCUUCAGCAAGCCUGUCUCUGCUGUGGAGUCCACUGUGUACAUAACAGCCAUUUUCAAACAUCAUGCACUGCGGAUCCUGCACAAGUACCUGCCCCUGUACAAGGACGCUGACCGCAGGGAUAUGCUAGCUCAGAUCGUCACCGACUACGUCUUCCUCUGUCCAUCCAGGAGGUCAGCACGUGCCGGCACAGCAGCAGGCAGCAAGGUGUGGAUGUACGUGUUCGACCAUGUGGCAUCAGACCACCACGUCUGGUCAGGUCUGACGUUCUGCUACCAGCACGCCUGCCACGGUGCCGAGCUGCCCUUCCUCUUCAACUCAGCCUCGGUGGCCAACUUCACACUGUCGCUGCCAGAGAAGCUGCUGUCCAAUCGGAUGCUGUGCUACUGGGGUGCGUUCUCCCAUACUGGCGACCCUUCCUCGCGGGCCCAACAGACCACUUUUUGCCGGGAGCAGCGUCUGCCCGUUUGGCCGCGCUACUCUGACACCAGUGGCUGGCUGGUCAUGAACCUAACGGUGCGUUCACAUGCACAAGUGGGAACCAGGAACCAUAUAUGUGACUUCUGGGACCAGCUGGGCAUCUACUAGUGGGAGGACAGGCUUUACAGAGAGGUGCUGGGCUGUUUUGCAUUGAAGUAGCCUCACAAUAUGCUGUUUCUUUUUCCAACAGUUAUUUUGGUUUGUUUAGUUCAAUCACAAAAUCUUGCAGUUUGAAGUUGCUGUUACUCGUAAAAUAUACAUUUGUGAGUAUUAAAAUAUUUACUCACUACCAAGCAGCAUUUAUAGCAAUAGUAAGUCUCCUUUUAUUAAAUUGUAUAUAUGUCUUUGCUUUAAUCUUUCUCAUACUUUGGAAGACAGAAGCAAGAGUUACAUAUCAAUGUUUUAAACCUACUUAAAGGAUAAGGCUGGUGAUUUUUUGUAUUUUACUUAUUAUCAACAAGUCUCACGUGCAGAGCCAAACCAACAAUGACCUGAUACUACUCUACUAAGUAUUGUGUGUGUAUCUCAAGCCUGAUAUACCGUAUAUGUGCUGUAGACCUCCAUUGUUGUCCAAAAACUAUUAAAAACUCGUCAA